UUAAAUAUCAUAUUCAGACUGUUAAAAAGAAUGCCUUUGUUAAAACUGAUAAAGUUAUUCAAAUGUGUAGAUCGGCGAAAUUGCGAAAUUUGAAAGAUUGUCUAAGGAUUUUCAAUUCAAUUGUUAAAUCAUCUAUGUUAUAUGCAUCUGAGGUUUGGGGAUACCAAUAUGACGAAUUGGAUCCGGUUCUGGUUAAUUUUAUAAAAAAGUUAUUUGGUUUGUCUCGUUGCACCCCAAAUUAUUUGAUCUUUAUGGAAUGUUCGUUAUUACCUUUGUCUUUUACAUUAUUGAAUAAAUGCUUGAACUGGACUUUUAGGACUAUUGCAUUGGAUGAAAAACGAUGGAGUAGAAUUUGUUUGUGUUAUGUGCUUAAUAAGAAAGACUUUCUGUGGUCUAAAAGUCUAAGGGAAAUUUGUGUUAAUAAUGGUAUUAAUUUUGAGGAAUUAUUAAAUAAGCAUGAUAGUUGUUCUAUUUUGAAAUUAAAUUAUUUUGAUAACUUCAUUCUGGAUUUGAAUCAACGAGUUAAUGCAAGUUCUUAUAAUGAUUGGUAUAAGCACUUAAAUAAGUCUUUUUUUGACUGUCCGCUUUAUAAUAAUAAUUUUUCUUUUAAUAUUGGUGCCACAGUAAUGCAAAUCAGAUGUAAUUCCCUUAAUUUUUUACAGAAUUAUCGCAGAGAAAUUUGCAUGUAUUGUAAGGAUGAUCAGCUAUUGGAUGCUUUUCACGUGAUUGCUAAAUGCUCUAAGUUAGAAAAAAUUCGGGAAAGUGUGUUUGGAACUUCUAUUAUUCCGUUGGAGAAUUUUUUGGAACUUAUUACUAAUAUAAUGAUCCCUUGUACGGAGUGACGUACAUCGUUGUUUAUUUUGCAUAUUGGAGUAUUCGUUUUUGCCGAAAGGUGGCAUUUGUUUUUUCCUUAAAAGUGUGCUUGUGGCUAAGAAGUGUUGGGAGACUAUCCACAUUUUGGAUAAGAUAAUUGAAUCCUUUUUCUUUUAUAGGUGGGUGUAAUUAAUUUUUUUUUUCUUUAUAUAAUGAUGUUUUUGGUUGGAUAGUUCUCCCCAUGAUGAAUUUUGUUAUUAUGUUAUAUGUUUAUAUUUGGAUAUUUGGCUUUCAGAUAUUUAUUUUUGAUGUUUUUUGAUGUUUAUAAUAAUACUUGUAUAAUUUUUGUUUUGAUUUAUGUAUAUGUUAAUUUUCUCUGUAAUAAUGGAUGGAUUAUGAUAUUUUUUUGUAAUGUACACGUAACGAAUUAUUGUAUACCCCGCAUCAUGGGCUCUGCCUAGUAUGUCUAAAUAAAUAAAUAAAUAAA